AUGGAUUCCCCCACCACUCAUAUAGCUUCUACGUUGGACGUUAAACCGCACCAGAGGGCCCGCACUAAAAGCAGGUCUAGGCCUAAACAAAAGCCUGGCAAUAACAAUCCCAACCCCAAGUCUCCCGGCGGCAAAGGGGCCAACUUGGACUUGGAGGAGGGCAGCAGCGUCAAUUUGGAGCUGGAGGUACCCAGCUUGGAAGUUCCUAUCGAUGAAGGAGGAGAGGAUGCCUCGAAAGCGACUGACGAUGGGCCGAUCUGUUUCGUUGAUCCGGAUACAAAGCCUGGGUUAUUGGUCACUGACGAAUUAGAUGCGGCGAUUGGGGAGUGUAGAGCUAAAGUUGAGCGGAUUUCGAAAGAUUGUAGAGCUCGGAACCGGAAAUUCAGAGACAUCGAAUUCGACCUGGAGAACGACGUCCGCCGAUGCCUUUACGGCAUCUCUUCCCCCGCAACGAGUGAAAACACAGGUUCACACGCGGAUGUUCUCCGCGUCACCCAGAUAUUCGAGAAUCCACACUUUUUCUCGGCAGAGGGCGCGGCGAGCUCGAAUGAUAUUGCGCAGGGGAAAUUGGGGGAUUGUUGGUUCCUUUCGGCGCUGGCUAUUGCGAGUACGACGCAGGGGUUGAUUGAGAAGGUUUGCGUUGCUCGGGAUGAACAAGUGGGAGUGUACGGAUUCGUAUUUUUCAAGAAUGAUCGAUGGGUCGAUGUUAUCAUUGACGACCAGCUAUUCACACAAAUCCCGAAAUUCGAAGAACUCAGCGACGGCGAAAAGGCACUAUACCAUGACGACAAGGCGAACUAUAACCGUAUCGCGCGCAAGGGGGGUAAGACUCUGCAUUUCGCUAGAUCUGGGAUGACGGGGGAGACGUGGGUGCCGUUGAUUGAAAAAGCGUAUGCGAAGUUGCAUGGGAAUUAUGAACAUUUGAGUGGAGGUUCGGAGGCGGAGGCGUUGGAGCAGCUUACGGGUGGAGUAGCGACGUACAUUCUAACCAAAGACAUCCUCGACCCCGACCGGUUCUGGGUGGACGAACUUUCCCGCGCGAACAAGGAUCGGUUGUUUGGGUGUUCAGUUGGGGCGAUUGAUACCUCGCGGAACGAACAAGAAGACGACGUUGACGUCCAAGGGCUCAUUACGAACCACGCGUAUUCGGUUUUGCGCGCAGUGGAAUGUAAAGGCAAACGUUUCGUGGUCAUUCGGAACCCGUGGGGUAAAACGGAGUGGACGGGCCCGUGGUCUGAUGGCUCGAAGGAGUGGACGGGGGAGUGGUUGGAGGCUUUGCCGGAGCUUGGGCAUAGUUUUGGAGAUGAUGGGCAGUUCGUUAUGGAAUAUAAGGAUUUCUUGGAGACCUGGGCAGACAUUGAUAGAACCAUUCUGUUUGACUCUACGUGGGUUAUGACUUCGUACUGGCUCAAUGUCCCAAUCGCACCAGCUGGUCGCGCCUGGACGUACGGGGACGUUACUUGUGAGUUCUCCUCUAUCCUUUCACGGCUGAUUUUCGGCUUGCGGAUUUUGACUUGCUCGCCAGUCCCCCUCUCGCUCCCAGAACCAUCGGCGACCGUCAUAGUCCUGUCUCAGCUCAAUACGCGAUCUUUCCAGGGCCUUAAAGCAGGCACUAAUUGGAGCCUUGACUUUGCCCUCAUCAAAUUGGGAGAAGAUAAACCCAUUGCGCAUUCUAACCACGUUUGGUACUAUGCGAACAGCGUUAAUUUGGAAAUCAAUUUGGAGAAGGGUGAUUAUGUGGUCUAUGUUCGCAUUGCCCGCCAGGAAGACAUGACUAUCCCUGGUGCAGGUCCGCAAUUUGAGGGUGGUUGCACACUUCCCAACUGUUAUUGCCCCAACUCCCCCUUGAAGAGCCACUCUCUAUCUAGGAUUCUGUCGGAUAAAGUGAAAAGCCUGUCUAUUGCCAGGAAUUUGAAUUCGUCGAACUUUGCCCCUUUCGUCCCAACGGACUUGGACUCCCUAAUCCAACGUGAUUUGCAGGAAUACUAUGCCUACCUCGAGAGACAAGCCAAGGCGCAAGCACGAAGCAACUCUGAUAUAAAGAAGAAGAUCGCCAAGGUGUUGAAUCGCAACAAGAAGCAGCCACAGUCGGAACCGGAGGGCGUGCAUCCCUUGCCGAAGAGGGACCACCAACAGCAGGCGGAUGAAUGGCGUGACGAUGAUAGUGAUGAUGAUAGUGACAAUGGUCCGGGGCAGGCGCAGCUGAUGACGCUGGUGACGGACCAGGAUGAGGUGAUUGUGGGCUUGAAGGUUUAUACGCAUAAAGAGUGUCCUGCAACUGUGUUUGGGAGGUUGAGAUCUGAUUUCCAUGCUUCCUGA